AUGUCUUUGAUGAGGAAUGCCAUUCAACGUCGCAACCACAAAGAGAGAGCUCAGCCCCGAGAGCGGGAGAAAUGGGGCUUGUUGGAAAAGCACAAAGACUAUUCCCUCCGCGCCCGUGAUUACAAUGCUAAAAAGGCUCGCUUGAACAUCCUCCGUGCCAAGGCUGCCGAUCGAAAUCCAGAUGAGUUCCACUAUGGCAUGCUCUCCAGUCAGUCGAAGACCGGGAGAAAGAUCGUCGACAGAGGCAAUCCAGUCUUGAGUCACGAAGCGGCCGAGUUGUUGAAGACGCAAGACUCGGGAUAUUUGCAAACUAUGCUUCAAAGUACCAGAAGAGCCAUUGAAAAGCUAGAAUCAGAAAUUGUUCUGACGAAGACGGAGCGCGGGAUAGAAGUCAGUGUGCUUGGGAGCGAGCAACCAUCAGGAAAGCAGACCGUGUUUGUAGAGUAUGAGAGUGAUCGGAGGCAACGGAACAAUAGGAAAGAGUCGCAACAGAUGUUAGCUGACGAAGAUUGCGCUCAAGCUGCGGGCUUCGGUGCAGACGAAUCGAAAGUAAACAAAUCUCGCAAGCAACUCGAGGAGAAGAAAGAAGCGCAAAGUCAGGCUCAGCUGGCUACACACAAGCUUAGAAGGGAACAAAGCGCGCGAAGGGCAAAGCUUAAGGCUUUGAAGACGAGGGAGAAGGAUCUACGGGAUGCGGACAACGAGCUGGAGCUGCAGAGAGCGAAGAUGAGAAACGUAAUAGGUGGCGUGAAUAAGGAUGGCGUCAAAUUCAAGCUGGGAGCUAGGAAGAAGUAG